AGAACCGGAACCGGGGUCUCCCCGCCGGCAACGCGAGGCUCCGAGCGACCCGGCCAGGCCAGGGCCCGCCCCGCGCACGGCCCCUCCCACACCCUUUUCCCCGCCCACUCCUCGCGCUGCGCUCGGUCUAGCCCCGCCCCUUCCCUCUGACCACGCCCCUCCCCCUUGGCCACGCCCCCCGCCUGCGGUGUCCCUCCGUCCCCGCCCCCCAGCCCCAUCCCGGUCCCCAUCCCCACCCCUUCCUGCCCCCACGUCCUCAUCCCAGUCUCCGGGUGCCCCCCCUUUGCCCCCAUCCCCUGUGUGUGCCCCCCAUAUCUCCAUCCCAGUCCCCCUGUGCCCCCCGUGCCGCCGUCCUUUGUGCCCCCGUAUCCCCAUCCCAGUCUCCCCGUGCCCCCCGUAUCCCCCUCCCCCACCUCCAUCCCUUUGUGCGCCCUGAAUUCCCACCCCCAGUGAUCCCCAUUCCCGUCCCUUCUGCCCCCCCGUGUCCCCCUCCCCCAUCCCCCAUCUCCACCCCCCGUGCCCGCUGUAUCCCCAUCCCUUGUGCCCCUCAGUGUCCCCCUCUCCUACCCCCAUCCCACUCCCCCCGUGCCCCCCACCCUCCCCACCACCAUGUCAGACUCACUUCUCCUCCUCCGCCGCAUCCGCGACCGCAGCGCUGCCACAUCCCCGUUACCUCCCCAACCCACCUCGCCGCCCCCCCUCCCCCCCCCCCCUCCAUCACCCCCGACUUCCAUCCCCAUCCUCCGCCGCAAACGCGGCCGCCGCCGCCGUUUCUACCCGGAGCACCGCGUCUACCGAACCCGCAGCUCCUUCCUGGACCUGACGGAGGAGCAGGUGCUGCGCCGUUACCGCCUGGACAAGGCCGCCAUCGCCGGGCUGUGCCGUGAGCUGGGAGCCGACCUGGAAAGCCUGACGGGCCGCAGCCACGCUCUGCCCGUGGCCGUCAAAGUCACCUCAGCUCUCACCUUCCUGGCCUCGGGUUCCUUCCAGACAGCCACGCGUGACACCACGGGCAUCAGCCAGUCCGCCAUGUCCAACUGCUUGGCUCAGUUCUUGGAGGCCUUGCAGCGCCGCGCUGCCCGUUAUAUCGCCUUCCCGUCCCCCGGCCGCUCCGCCCCGCAGCCCGGUCCAUUCCCCGGGGUGUUGGGGCUGUUGGGCAGCAUGCACGUGGCCUUAAGGGCUCCGUCCGAGAACGAGUUGGCCUUCCGCAACGCGCGCAAUUUCCACUCCAUGAACAUGCAGGUGGUUUGCGACGAGGCCGGCGCCAUCACCAACGUGGUGGCCAAAUUCCCCGGCUCGUGUCCCAACGCCGCCGUCCUGGAGAACUCGGCCCUGGCGAGGCUGUUGGAUGGGACGAGGCCGGAGGGGGUCUGGUUGUUGGGCGACCGCAGCUACCCGCUGAAGACGUGGCUGAUGACCCCCAUCCUCUUCCCCUGCGGCCCCGCGGAGGAGCGUUACAACGCGCUGCACCACCAGGCCCUGUCUGCCCUCCGCCAGACUCUGAGCCUCCUCAAACGCCGCUUCCGCUGCCUGGACGCGGCGGGGGGCUGCCUUCAGUACGCCCCCCAAAAGGUCUGCCAGAUCUUCCUGGCUUGCUGCGUGCUGCACAACAUCGCUCUGCGACGCCGGAUGCCCCUGGAACCCCCCGACGGCCCCGAACCCGACCCCGAACCCGAGCUGCCCCUGCAGGCUCCCCACGUGCAGAUCUCCAGCGAAGCGCGGGCUGUGCGUGCUCGGAUCGUGCAGCAGAACCAACAACCCUCCUCGUCCAUCCCUUCCGUUGGCAGAACAGAACCCAGACAGCCCCCACAGCCCGCUGUGGGUCGCAGGACCCCCCUCUCACCGCCCUCCCCCCCUCGGCAGCAGGACGCCCCCCAUGGCGGCAGCGCGCCGGCCCUGCUGCAGGCGCCUCCUCAGCACGGCCUGCAGCUGCCCUUCGCACCGCAGCACCGCCGCGUCCAGCCGCCUCCGCGCCUUCGUCUCCCCACGGAAGGCAAUGGAGGACGGGAGCCCCCGGCGCCGCCGCUGGAAGAAGCGGUUGGGGUGGGAGGUCCGGAGCUCCAUCCCCUCCAGCAGAGCCAACAGCUGCUCCCGGUGUUGGAUCAGAGCGGCCGCUUCGUCCCACAGCUCCAAAGCAUCCCCCAGCCUUCUCCGAGAGGCCGCAAGGCCGUAUUUGGCGGCCAUGGCCAACCUCUCGCCCGUGGGGACCCGCAGGGCGGCCCAGAGGCGGUGCAGGCGGUGCUGCAGCUCCUCCGGUUGCGGUGUCGGGGCUGCAGGUGGCGGCGGUGGCGGCGGUGGCGGCGGUGCUUCUGCCGUCCCCCCCGGGUGCUCAUCAGGCGGCUCCCGGUCACCGUCGGCCCCGCUGAGGUUGAAGAUGGCGUGGAGGAAGUCGGAGCCGGCGGCUGCGAGGAAGUGCCGGUAGUCCUGCAGGAGGGCUGCGGGCUGAGGCGGUGCUCGCGGUGUCGGGGGGGGGGUCGGACCCCCCCGGGGCUGCUGUUGGGGUCUGCCGGCCCGCGGGCUGAGCUCGGCGGCUGCCGGUUCCAAGAGAGGCUCCGCAUCCGAGAACAACUGCUGGGGGGGCAGCGCCGGGCCCAGCUGACCAUAGAGAUCCCAGAGAGCCUCGGCGGGGUCUGGGACGGCGUUGGAGGACUGAGGGCAGCGCUGGAGGACCGGCGUGGCCUGUGGUGCGGUGUGGGGGUGCAGUGGUUGUGUCGCAGUGUGGGUGUGCAUUGACUGUGUCACACCGUGGGUGUGCAGUGGUUGUGUCACACUGUGGGUGUGCAUUGGCUGUGUCACACUGUGGGUGUGCAAUGGCUGUACCUUUGUGUCAGUGUGCAGUGGUUGUGUUGCAGUGUGGGUGUGCAGUGGUUGUGUCGCACUGUGGGUGUGCAAUGGCUGUACCUUUGUGUCAGUGUGCAGUGGUUGUGUUGCAGUGUGGGUGUGCAGUGGUUGUGUCACACUAUGAGUGUGCAAUGGUGGUACCUUUGUGUCAGUGUGCAGUGGUUGUGUCGCAGUGUCGGUGUGCAGUGGUUGUGUCACACCAUGGGUGUGCAAUGGCUGUACCUCUGUGUCGGUGUGCAGUGGUUGUGUCACACCGUGGGUGUGCAAUGGUUGUACCUUUGUGUUGGUGUGCAGUGGUUGUGUUGCAGUGUCGGUGUGCAGUGGUUGUGUCGCACUGUGGGUGUGCAGUGGCUGUGUCACACUAUGAGUGUGCAAUGGUUGUACCUCUGUGUCGGUGUGCAGUGGUUGUGUCGCAGUGUGGGUGUGCAAUGGCUGCGUCACACCAUCAGAGCACAGCGCUGAUUGCA